AUGGCCACCAUCAGAGCUCUAGCCACCAUGGCCGUCUUCCUCCUGGUCACGCUCUCCAUGUCUCACAUCGCCUCCUCACUUCGCCCCGGCCUCGGCGUCUGCCGCGCCAGCGGCUAUCUCCCAGGCAAGUCUGGCCACUGCGAGAAGAGUAAUGACCCGGACAGCUGUGAGGACGGUAAGAGAUACCCACAGUACCACUGCUCGCCGCCGGUCACCUCGACCACCAAGGCCGUCCUUACACUCAACAGCUUUAAGAAGGGCAAGGAUGGUGGUGGUCCGUCGGAGUGUGACAAAUCCUACCACAGCGACAAGGAGCUAGUCAUCGCGCUCUCCACCGGUUGGUUCAAGAACAUGGCACGCUGCGGCCACCGCAUCAAGAUCACCGCCAACGGCAACUCCGUGUACGCUAAGGUGGUGGACGAGUGCGACUCUGUCUAUGGUUGUGAUGACGAGCACAACUACGAACCGCCAUGCGCCAACAACAUCGUCGACGCCUCGCCAGCUGUGUGGAACGCCCUGGGGCUCGACCAGAACGUCGGUAUGGAAGAUAUCACCUGGUCAGAGGAUUAA